GGGAUAGGCUGGGAGUUCGUUCGGUCCAGACUGCAGGAAAUCCGACGUGGACUAUAAACCCGCAAAAACGGACAGACAAACAGAGGCGAAUGACUUUAAGCGAACACGGAAAAGUGCGCCAGAUUUGCUGCUGUGGGUCUGAACGGUAUUUUGUAUCUGUUUUAUAAAACUGAGAUUAUUGCAACAUGCCACGGCGGACCGUACAAGACGUAACUGUUCAAGACGUACAAAAGAGAAGAAACCCCAACAAACACUAUGUUUACAUUAUCAAGGUGUCUUGGUCUGAUGGCAGCAAUGAGAACAUUUUCAGACGCUACAGUAAAUUUUUCGACCUUCAGAUGGAGCUUCUGGAUAAAUUCCCUGUGGAAGGUGGACAGAAGGAUCCGAAGCGCAGAAUCAUUCCCUUUUUACCAGGAAAGAUUCUGUUCAGAAGAAGCCACAUCAGAGACGUGGCCAUGAAACGCCUCAAACCCAUAAAUGAGUACUGUAGGGCCCUGAUCCAGCUGCCAGUGUACAUUUCUCAUUGUGAGGAGGUUCGUUUGUUCUUUGAGACUCGUCCUGAAGACCUAAACCCACCUAAAGAGGAACCCACUGGAAAGAAGAAGUCAGGCAUUGUGGAGCGAGCGACUUCUUUCCUAAAGAGAGGAGGAGACUCGUCCUUGGGCGACCCGCUGAUGUUGGAUCAGUAUGUGGCCGUCACAGACUAUGAGAAGCAGGAGAGCUCUGAGGUCAGCCUGUACGUGGGGCAAGUGGUGGAGGUCAUUGAGAAGAACGAGUCUGGUUGGUGGUUUGUUAGUUCAGAUGACGCUCAGGGUUGGGUACCUGCCACAUGUCUUGAAGCUCAGGAUGACCCCGAUGAUUUCUCAAUGCCAGGAGAAGAAGGAGUGUGCCGGAAGUUCUGGUCACUGCCGAGGCACGUCGGUCGCCGGCGUACAUUAGGGGAUCUGUUCAGCACAGGCUUUGGCCAAGAGGAAAAGUACACCGCAAUCUAUCCAUACUCUGCCCGUGAUCAAGAUGAAAUCGAUUUGGAGAGAGGCAUGACUGUUGAGGUCAUUCAGAAAAACUUAGAAGGCUGGUGGAAGAUCAGGUACCAGGAAAAAGAGGGGUGGGCCCCAGCAUCCUAUCUGAAGAAGGCUGACAUUCUCAGUCAGAAGAUGGCGGCUGGUGCUCCAGUUCACGCCAGCACUAAUGAUCUAGAUGUGGCUGGCAAACAGCAGAAUGCCAGCAAGGAAAACAAGGACAAUCAGCGGGACCGAUUUUCACCAUUCUCCGACAGCAAGCGCAAAGCAGGGGCGAGACAAAGACCUCCACCACGCCGGGAUCUUUCAAUACCACGAGGAGUGAACCUGCCUAAACCGCCAGUUCCUCCACAAGUAGAGGAGGAGUACUACACCAUAGCUGACUUUCAAACAACCAUUCCCGAUGGCAUUAGCUUCCAGUCAGGAGUGAAAGUUGAGGUCAUUGAGAAGAACUCCAGUGGUUGGUGGUACAUUCAGAUAGAUGACAAGGAAGGCUGGGCUCCAGUCACAUUCAUUGAUAAGUAUAAGAAGACUAGCAAUGCCUCUAGGCCUAACUUUUUGGCCCCCCUUCCUGGUGAGAUGGCUCAGCUGAAGCUUGAUGAAACCUCCAAUAUUAAUGCCAACUCAGUAGAUAGUUGGUCUAAACCCCUGCCAGAUGAACCUUCAUCCAACUCUGAUUUUCCCACCCGUCCCAAGCUGAGAGAAUGGAAGCCCAAUGCAGUCAAAAGCAGUCCCCAUCUCUCAGGGCAUUUACCCCCACCUCCAUCCUCACCCACAUCUGAGGAGAAGCCAGCUUUGCCACCCAGAAGAGAGUCCAUCAACAAGAGCCUGGAACUGGAGGAGAAACCCAAAAUAGACCUUUCCAAACCUCUCCCACCCAAACCACCGGCUCCAGGGGUUAUUCUCCCAUUGGUGACGCCAAAAGCCACUCCUCUCAAACCGGAAAAACCCCAAGAGAUUAAGAAAGAAGAAAAGAACAAGCAACUCCACCUGCGCAAUGAGAUGGGCUUGGAGUGUGGCCACAAAAUUUUGGCCAAGGAGGUGAAAAAGUUUAACCUCAAGCCUGUAGCAAAGCAGCCUCCAAAGCCAAAGCCAGAUUUGCAUGAAGAAAAGCCUGAUUCACCCAGCCCAGCCCUGUUCGUAAAGCCGAAACCAGUUGUCAGACCAAAACCUGCCCCUGCAGCAAAACCAGAGCCAGCAGCUAAGAACGAGUUGGAUAUCACAAACCUGAGGAGUAAGCUUCGUCCAUCUAAGCCUCCAGAGUUUGGUGGCAACUCAAGUGAUCCUAGCCAACAGAAUGACUCAUCCAACAACACCUUAAAUAAUGGCAAAUCAAAUGAAGAGCCAAAAUGCCCCCCUAAGCAACAAAAUGGCCAUGACCCAUCAGAAAUGACUAAACCACAUUCAACUGCACCAAAGGAGCCACCACAAAGGCCUUCUGUGGCUCCUCGAAGACCUCCACCACCGAAGAAAGGUGUUGAGCCUGCCAGUCCUACAGAAACCAAAGCUCCUCAAAAAGACUUUCAGGAGGCCAAGCCAGCUGUUCAAGUCAGACCCCCACCACCCAAAACGAAAGCUUUCGCGCUACCAGCCUCUAAGGAGGAGGAACCCAAACCAAAAGUGCCUGUGCCACCAAAGCCCCUCAUUAAAACAGAAAAACCUGGACCUCCGAGAGAUAAACUCCCGCCCCUGAUCAAGGAGCCGGCCAAAGAGGAGCUGUUCUUAGCUGUGGCAGACUUCGAAGGAGACGAGCAGACACCUGGCUUCAAAGAGGGCGCUGUUUUCGAAGUGCUGGAGCGGAGUAACAGUGGCUGGUGGUUUUGUAAAAAUGUGAGCGAUGGGCCAGUGUUGGAGGGCUGGAUCCCUUCAAAUUACCUGUCCAAGAAACCUUAGGUACACUGAAACAGCUGCCUUUAAUUGAAAACUUAUUUAACAUCUUUUAUUUAUGGUACCGUUUUGAUAUUUUUCACAUUACAUUCCAUCCUUUGUAAAUUCAACAGGCCAUAAUAAUUAGGUUGCUUACUUUUUUGUAACACUCCCUUUGGGGAAAACCAUGUGAUGUUCAAUGCUAACAUCUGAAAAAAACAUCUUAUACAUUACUUGCCCUUUUUAUGUUAAUCAAACCUUUUUUUUUAAAUGUAUCGCUGAAGGUGACUAGCAAUAUAGUAACGAUCUUUUGCUGCCUCAAUAUAUGAAAAUUGCGCAGCGCUUUUUGCGUAGUAUAUGCAAAUAAGCAAAACGUGUUGUCUAUGUGCAGUGUAUAUCACCACAUAUAAAUUCUAGAUUAGAAAUAGAGUAUGAUUCUAUAGUACACACACUACAAAACCUUACAAAUGGCAAAUUAGAGCUAACAUGGCAAAACCAAAGCUUGGAAACCUUUUUAAAGACUUAAACGCUUGCUAUUUUUCCAUUACAAAUCUUGUAGUUUACAGCGUUGGUGUUAAUAACUAAUAGCAAGCCAUAGAAAUGUCUUGGUCUUUAAAGAAAUUGUUUUCUGGUGCUACUACAAAGCUCUUUAUCCAGAUGUUGCUUAUAUUUUUGCUUCAGUUUUAAAUUAGCACUUUUCAUAGAUUUUGUGUAGAAUUGUGCACUAUGGAAAGUAAAGUUGUGCAGAAACUGACCUGAACAAAUGACCUUAUGGUUUACAGUACAGUGGCACCCAUUUCUAUUUUAAGUUCACUUCAUGACUAUCACUAAAAUAGCAACCCCAUUUGUUUGCUGUACCAAUCGUCUACAAUUGUAAAUAAGAAUAAUGGAUUACCUCAGAGCAGCCACAAUAUCGUCUUUUUUUUUUUUUAUGCCAGUAUUGCCCAAAUUUUCAUACUGCUGGCAAAAGGUGCUUCGAUAUUUUACAAUCAUUGUCAAAUGUUUUAACAUUCAUGUUUGACUGGUUUCAAGCAUAGAUUUGAUAAACAAGUUUAUUGUUAACUCUACAUUUGAAAGUGUAGUCAGUAUGUUACUUAAAAUAUCUACGUUGUAUUUUGACAUUUUUAUUGUCCAUUGUCAUUUGUUGAUCAGAAAACUAAAAUCAGUGUUAAAUCGGUGCCCAAUCGGAUUUGUUGACAAUACCGGGAGCACCGAAAAUCAUUUGCUCACUUUGCUCUAUGGUCAUCAGCUCCUAGUUGCUUAUAAACCUAUUUUAUCAAACAUCCCAACUUUAAAAAGUGUGCAAGCACCCGAGUGAAUUAAGAGAGGAUAACCGAAUGUGUUCUGGUGUGGCUGUACUUUUGCGAGAGAAAGAUCAUUAUACUAUGAGGGAUGAAACAGAGGGUUAAUAUGUACUGUGUAGAAAGUGACUGUUAAUCUGUGUUUCUCUCAUAUGUGUAUGCAGUAGGCAUUGGCAGGAAUUGCACUUUGGAAACUCAAAUGGGUCUUUUUGCGAUUUGUGAGGAAGUUAAAAGGAUGACGUGGGAGAUGUGUUGACAUUUUUUAUUUUAUUUUUCUCAUAAUUUUUGUGAUACUUGUUUUGUCCAUAGUAUUUCAAGUUUAGACUAACUGUUUUUUUUUUUACUUAAUGUAAACCAAAUAAACAUUUUAAAUAGU